CACCGAGGUCUGUAGUUUUUCGUCGUCUGCUGUCGAUGCGUGAAACGUGAAUAGGGGAAACAGAACGAAAAACACUGAAAUAUGGGAAACGCUGACAGAUGUUGGAAAGCUGUAAUUGUCAGCCGUGAUAAUAUUUUGAAAAAUCUAACGACUCACAUCGGUUCGUAUUGUAACAUUUGUGAAGCCUUCUGUCACUAGUCGAGGUGAUAGGGGGCCUAUACAUAGCUAGUGGCUAAACCGACUCGACUUGCCUUUCUGCGCCAUCGGUACAGACCAACACAGACAUCAUGGUCUUCUCCAAGAUGCGCCAACUCUUCCGGACCUACCCGCUCAUCAGCAACAUGGUCAUCACCACCUCCAUAUACGGAGCAGGCGAUGUUAACCAGCAGACUCUGUUGGGGACAGAGAAGUACAACUGGCCUGGCACAGGCCGGAUCAUGACCAUAGCAUUUUGCGGCUUUGGACCAUUUUAUUAUUACUGGUAUAAAUGGCUGGAUGGGUUCUUUCCAGGGAAGGCUGUUCGAACUGUACUCCCUAAGCUAUUCGUGGAUCAGUUUGGUGGCUCACCUCCUUGCCUGUUUAUGUUUUUUGUUGGUACCAGUAUACUUGAGGGUAAAGAAGACAUAUUUGCCGAAUUGAAGGAGAAGGGUUUAAAGACAUUUGGGACUGGUUGCGUAUUCUGGCCGAUUGCCCAGCUCGUCAACUUCUUCCUCAUCCCGCCAGCGUUCAGGGCUGUCUAUGUCAGUGGUGCUGCGUUCGUAUGGAGUAGUGUUGUAUGCUACAUCAAGGCUCUGCCUUCUAAGUCAGAGAAAGCAUCUGGUAGCGAGAUGGAAACCGGGCAGGAAACACAGUCGAUAAAGGAAGACUGACAUGAGAAUAAGGAACUAUUUGUAAUGGUGCUGUCUGUCUAUACGUCUUCUUAAACACGUCACGGGUACCACUUGUCCCAGAUUGGACGCCGGGAAGCAUGAUUAGGAGAAGAAGACAGGAUCGGGAGUACCUCUUCGAAGGUACCAAUGACUCGACUGCCGAACUGUCCUGGAGUGCCACUGCCUCGAUAAAUCUAUAUGUAGGCCUAGUCACUGUCGUCACAGAUUCAGAGCACGUUAAAGGUACAUCAUGUACGUUUUGAUUGUACUGAAACUAUCCUUCAUACCUGUAGUUUCCCUUCAUGUAGUUGUAUGAAGUUGAAAUAGUGAUUAUUGUUAGAAUGUUCAUAUUCUGAAUAAAUCGAAGCCUGGUGGUAAACUA